GGGCGGCUGAGUGAGCAGAGGACCCAGUGGAUGCCACGCUGCAGGGCCAUGGCCCAGCCCAGAGCCUGCACAGGUGAGGGGCAGGACGAGCUGCGUGAAGUGACCCUCUCUAUGCAGCGGCUGCGGGUGCUGCCUCCGGCCGUCCUGUGCAACCCCGCACUGGAGAGCCUUGAUCUCGACAGAAACAAGCUCAGGAGCGUCACUGGCAUCUCAAAGCUUUGCAACCUGAAGAAGCUGGUACUAUCCAAGAACGAGAUUGUGGACUUUCCCCGUGAAAUCCAGAGCCUGGGCUGUUUAGAGAAGCUUGAGCUGAAUCAGAACCAAAUUCGGGUCAUCCCAGAGGGAGUUUUCUCCCAUCUCCCCAGACUUAAACACUUGCGACUGAACAACAACCGUCUGGGUGCCCUCCCCAGGGACCUGGCAGCUUGUCGAGGCAGCCUGCAGUACCUCAACAUCUCCAACAACCUGUUCCGGACCUUCCCCCAGCCUGUCCUGCAGCUGGCACGCUUGCAGGAGCUCCAUGUGCAGAACAAUGCCCUUCGACAGCUCCCCAAGGAGCUCUUCCAGGGGCAAUCCCUCAAAAUGUUCAAGGCCAAUGGGAACCCCCUCCGGGAGCCGCCCAGUGAAGUGUGUGCUGGUGGCAUCCAGCAGAUCCGGAAUUACUUCAACCAGCUUCAACAUGGUUUGGGGCAGGAGGACAAGAGGAUCAAGACCAUGUUCCUGGGGGCCUCGCUGGCGGGGAAGUCCACCAUCUGCAAGAGCCUGAAGCAAGGACAAACCAAACUGGUGCCCAAGGAAGAGCGGACAGUUGGGAUAGAGAUCAGCGAGUUCCAGAUCGGGGAUUUUACGUUCCUCUUCUGGGACUUUGCUGGCCAGCUGGAGUACUAUCUGACCCACCACGUGUUCAUCACCCCGCAGGCGCUCGUCAUCCUGGUUAUCAAUCUCCAUAUGUACCAAACUAAUGACAAGACUUUCAAGGAGCUUGUUGGUUUUUGGAUCAACAACCUGUCCAUGCGAGUCCCAAACUCGGUGGUCCUUCCUGUGGGAACCCACGUGGACUGCUGCCGGGAGGAGGAGGUGGAGAAGAAGAGGCGCGACAUCAUGGCCAAGAUGGCAGCGAUGCUGGCAGAGAGAAAAAGCAACCUCGCUCACUUCAUCCACAACCUGGAGGGCAGCGAGGAGCCCGAGUUUUACGUGGACCAGUGGGAGAGACUGAAGGAGAUGGAGAGCUGCAUGUUAACUAUCUUAAAUUUAGUUGCUGUCAACUGCACGGAUCACCAUGACAUCAAAAAGCUUGAGGCUGUUAUUCUGGAGCACGUGAAGAAUGAGGAGCUCUUCCCUGAGGUCAUCCGAGUGCUGCCGCCCGUCUACAGGCAGGUGGAAGCUGCCAUCGUGGGUAUGGCCGGGAGCGAGGAGCUGUCAGAGCACGGCAUGAUGGACCUCCAGUAUCUGCUCAGCAAACUCUCCCAGCAGGACCACCUGGCCAACCUUAGCAAAGACCUUCUCCAGGACAUCUUGCGAUACCUCCACCGUGUCGGGCUCAUUGUGUGGUAUGAGGAAAUCAAGCACCUGGAAAACACUGUUUUUCUUCAGCCUACCUUCCUAAUAACUGUGUUCAAGCUCCUUGUGAGGUACCACCUGGUCCAGCAGCUCGAGAGCAUCUCAGUGGACACUCUGAUCAGGGAACAUGCCACCAUCAGAGACAGAUCCAACUGGGUGUGGACCUUCAAGUCAAAGGCGAUGCUGUGCCACCGGGCCGUGCGUGCCUUGGUGAAGCACCAGCUCUGUUCAGAAGGUAUGCAGGACAUCUUUGAGGAAAUCAUGGGACACCAGCCUCACAGAGGGACAGGGAAGCUCUUCAGCCUCCUGGAGCACUUUGAGCUCUGCCUGGAGGUGAGGCAUGCUGAAGCGCUCAACCCACAGGCCACUGAGUUUGUGCCUGGGAGGCCAUGGGAAGUGACGCGGGGCCAAGGCGAGUCCUGGUACUUGUUCCCAACCUAUCUGAACCAGACCGAAGAGGUCUCAGAGGUGUGGGGAGGAGAUCACCCUGAGGACCUCCACAUCCGUGCCUACUUCUCACCUGAAAUACCUGAGGGUUUCUUCCAAAGGUUCCUGGUGAAAGCUUGCUCCUUCUACUCCACACACUGGGUGGCCAAGGCAAACUGCCUGCUCAUAUGCAAUGGGAAACCUCUGCUGAUCAAAGAGAUUAACCAGAGAGCCUACAGCUACCUGGAGCUUCGGUGCAGAAAGCCAUCAGGAAGGACAGGUUUCCGGUUCGUCUGGGACUUCCUCCUGGCAGUUGUGUUCAUCGUCCAGAAGCUGGCCAAGGAGUGGCCAGGGCUGCACGUGUGUGUGAAGACGCCGUGCCGGACGGGCGGCUGUCCUGCCGAGCUGCUCUGGCCCGACAUGGACCACACCAACGCCACGACAACAGAAGAUGUUAAAACCUGUGGGACGUGUGGGCACUGCUUUGGCGCAGAGCUGCUCCUGCCCAAAGUGCCCAUGCAGCUGGAGGAGCCCCCAGCACAGCCCCCUGCUCACUAUUAUGUGACAAGCUAUGGGACUACCACAUUCGGGCCCAGCAGCAUCCACGUCAACCGGCAGAACAUCUCAAACGAGUAACUCCAGGCCAGUGGGAAGGCGCUUGCUGGAGAAAGAAGGACUUUUGUUUAGCCGAAGCCAAGCUGUCCCCAACACACUUUGC